AUGGGAUCCGCAGCUCUUUACACUUCCGAGAGACGAGAUCCUCGGUGUUUUGAUCUUCCCUUCGGCAAUCGACUUCGAUCUUCUACAAUGCAUAUCUCAGACGACUUCCACAUGCUCCGAGAGCGUGUUCAGACUAUCGUUCGUCAACGACGUCGCAAGGAGAAGCGGAGCUUGGAUAUUUCUGCACCAUUCAACUUUGAGAAGAACCCUGUCAAUUUGCCAGGCGUAUCAGAUGAACAGCAAGUCCCCUCUUAUACGGGUCAACAUCUCAAUCAUCAAAGCUAA